GGGGGGGCCACGCGUCUGGUUUACUGCUGAAGGUGAGGACACACAGCCACACACAUACCACACACAGAUCUGUGCCCAAUAGAUCUACAGGCAGAUGGACCACACAGAUGUGUAUGUGCUUUCAGGUUCCUCGAGAUCUCUCCGCUGACUGCCCUUGGAUACACACAGACACAUGGGAGGUACGUCAGCCUCGCAGCACGCUACGGCACGACACACACAGCAGCACUGACUGAACAUGUAUGUGGUUUGCCAGGCUGUUUCUCCCGUCGAGCUGUCACCCGACGGCUCGUCCACGGCAUCCAUCAAGGAUGGCAGCCUCACGCUAGAUCGGGCUACGCAACUGAUUGAUACGGGAGCUGACGACACCAGCGGCCUAUUUCGCGCUAUCGCACUUGCCCUUACCCAAGGCCGCUAUGACGUCGCCCACAUGCUGCUGGAUGACCCCAAUCUCGACAUCAAGGCUGCGCAUCACCUGCUGUGGCGCGUGGCAGACGACGCACGUGACGGCAGUGUGUCGUCAGCCGAGAAGCUUGGGAUGGCCAAGAGGCUGAGAGCGCUCGGGGCGGCAGACCAAAAUCCAUAUGUCCCCAUCUGGCAGUUCUGCAGUCGUCCCCUCGCCCACCCGUCCCACCAUCUGGAGCUCAUUGCCUACCUUUUCCACAAGGCCGGAGGAAUUGGGCCCUUCUCUAUUAUGCGGCUCGAUCUCGGUGCUCGGAUGGCGUCCUGUGGCUGCUCAUGCGCAACGGGGCGGCCGUCAACGAGAAUCAGGGUGGCCACCCCUAGAAGUGCUGCGGGCGGCAUACCGUGAGUAUCUGCAGCAUGACCUGCCGAUGCAGGUCAGCAUCGCCGUCAAGACCGCCCUCCUGCCCGCACAAGCGCUAAAGACCACGGCACUGCCGGAUGGCGUCAUCGAGAGCAUCGAGGCGCUCAUUGGCGUGGGUAGCCCGCCCACUGCCUGCAUUCCCAUUGGCGAGCAGCCCUUCGGCAAUCGCAUCAAUGAGCUGGUCAACGGCUACCUCUCUGCGGCUUACAAGUGCAUUCGGCAGGCCAGCAGCAGCAGCAGCCGGGAGGGCAUGUGUUGGGGGCCUGGCGAUGUGCUGCAGGAAGUAAUGGACGCCGCCAAGGAGGAGGGGCGACGGUUCGGCAUCGAAUGACUGAAUGAAUCGUGCCGAAGUGACAAGUGAGCAGCGGAGAGCAUUCACGUGUGCAUCUGUGGUGUCUCCCCGACGUCAGGGUGUUUGUAUGGCUCCGAGAUUUCCAUGUGAUGCUGGUUGGGUGAGAGGCCUGUUUGUUGGCCGGCCGACAGACAGACAGACAGACAGCGAUUCUUUGUCAAUGUGUCCACUCAUGUGUCGUUCUGCGUGGCGUAUAGUAUGGAUGGCUCACGACUGACUGAGCGGUGUGGUCCCUUGUGUACGUUUGCGGGGGGCGAUGGUGCUGCCUGGGGGGUGCGAGUGUGUGUGUGUGUGGCAUUUUGGAUGCGAGUGACGUCACCGCGGCAUGAUGGUCCGUCAUGCCAUGACGUGUACGCCGUUGUUUCCCUGACCUCAUCGGCUCAAUCGUUUCUCUGUCACGUGUUGUGAUAUGCGAGUGGCUUUUAUGUAGAUGAGUCGAUCACGACUCUUUGGUGGCUGGCCGGUGUGUGAGUGUGGUGGACAUUGCCCAUGCUGACGUCAGUGAGUCAGGAUGGUCCGUAGUUGGUCGAACCAGUAUGCAAAUCGAUGGAUGGAUGGAUGACGUGCCCUUCCUUGCUUGUAGAGGUAUGUGGUAGAGCAAAGAGGCAGGCAGAGGCUUAAUUGACGUGUGCGUACUGCGAGGGUCGGAUGCAUCGACACCGCGGGGAACCGACAGAUCAAAUCAUCGCAUGGCGUGGCCGGAUGUGUGGAUGUUGCUGCAUGACUUUAUCCAUCAACGAAGAAGAU